AAGCGAUUCGUCUACUCUUCCUCCUGUCUGCCUGUCUGUAUCUGCCCGCCCAUCUAUCUAUCUCUUCCUGGCGGCUUGUGCAUCGCCCCUCUUGUCCCCACCACCCCUUCCCACACGCACGCCCCCUCUCCCGAGUGCACCAAAGGGGGGCCCACCAGCACCGCCACCGCCACCCCCUCCCCCUCCCCGGCCCAUCCCCCUGCCACUCACCAAGCCACCCUGCUGCAGCGGCUGCACAUGACCACCACCACCACUGCCAAACUUCUUGGCCACUCCCACAGCCACGGGCACAGGCAUAUGCACCGCACCGUCUCCCGCCAACUUGUCCGUCUUGAGCUCUGCGCCAGGGUCAUAGUGCCGGAUGAAGGGGUCUUGGUCUUGUCGUUCUUGGAGGUGGAUGCGGGCAUGUGGGUAGUCGUCAUCGUCUUUGGGUGGGUCGUCAGGUCGGAUGACGAUGAGCCCGCCGUGGCCUGUGGACUUGGGGGUGCGAUGAUGACGGGAGGGGGGAGGCAGCGCAAUCACACCUGCACGGGGGGCGGGUGGGUGCUCUGGCUGCUGCUGCUGCUGCUGCUGUGGGUGGGUGGCUUGGGUGCUGUGGGUGGCGGGGGCGGCUGGCUGGGCUCGAACAGCCUCCUGUGGGUAAGACAUGACAAGAGACGGAAACAACGAUAUGUGUGUGUGGGGCGACAGUUGUAUGUCUAUUCAGUCAGUUUUGGGGGUGGGCUGUCUUGUGUUGUGCCGUGUUGUGUGCGUGUGUGUACCUGCAGCCACUUUUCCACGACCUUCUUGCCGCUCUGCAGCACCUCAACGGCCUCCUGCACACACAGACACAGCAGAAGAGACAAACACACCACACAUGCCAUCGGUGCGUGUGCGCAUUCCCUACAAGCACACACACACACACACACACACGUACAAAUGCGUGUUGGAGCUCUUCCUGCAGCCCCGUGACGGCCUCGCGCAACUCGAGCACCUCUGUCUCACGCUGACAUCACCCACACGACACGACCCAGUCGAUGGCAGACAGACAGACAGACAGACGGCAAACCGAUGGAGGGCAUGGAAUGGACGGAUGUCAGAUAUCUCUCGCUUGGCUUGCCUGUCUGAGUGCGUUGGUGAGGAAUGCGGUGGGCUUGUCCUUGACGUUCAGCGUCUUGACCGCCGCCGCCAGCUGCCGAUCCACACGAGACCGGCCCGCACGCUCACCAUCCAACUCAACCUGAUUGAUGCAUGCACGUGCGUGACACACAUGACCCACCCACCGAGUGUGUGUGUGUGUUGCUUGGGUGGUUUGGGUACCCAUCCCACCUGCAGCCUCUGGCAUCUGUCCUGCAGCCUCCUGCACUGCAGCUUGAGCCGAGCCGCUACGGGCAGGGUCCGCAGGUCGCGCAGCGCAGGGCCAGUGGCGUCAUGGCCAUCGUCCACUCCUACACCCACACAGGCGACAGCCCCAGUUUCAGCGCCUUGAUUGUGUGGCGCGGGUGGCAGCUGUAGCGGGGCGUCCCAGAGGUCCUCUGCGUCCUCGUAGUGCCGAAUGCGCUCGCUGCACACACAACACACAAACACCAGUCAGUGGUGCACAGACAGAGGAGAUCAGAUGAGAUGGGUGUGGGUUUCGGUGGGUGUGGUGACCGGAGAAGGGCAAGCUCGGCCUUCUCCUGCAUGUUGUCUUCGCGCAGGCUCUUCUCUGUCUUGAGAUUCUCCUGAGACAGCGAGCCAGUGAGAUGAGAGAGUGGAUGGAUAGGUGAAGUGAAGUGGGGGCACAGUGCAGUGCACCAGACACACACAUACAAUAACGAGGGCACUUGGCCACUGUUUGGGCGCGGCGCACACAAACACACCAACCUACCUGUCUGAGUAGGUCGACUUUCUGUUUGUUGAGGUCUGCGUCCAUCUGGCUCUUCUGCAGCAGCCGCAGGGUCUCCUCGUGAGCCACACCCAGACGAUCCAACUCGAAGCUCUUCACCUUCAGCUGCGCACACACACACACACACAUCACACACGUCCACUCACAAUGUGUCUGGGGUGGAGAGGGAGGGAGGGAGGGAGGGUGUGUGUUUGCCCACCUGUGCCCUGAGGUCUACUAUCUCCUGCUGCAGCUUGAGCUGCUGAGUGCGGUUCUCCUCUGACAACACCUGAUGAACGCACACACAGACAUUAAUCACAUCAGUCUCUGUAUGUGUCUCUAUGGAUGGAUGGAUGGAUGGACGGCCGUCGUGAUGACCCACUCAAUCACCUUGUACGCGGCGUCAGCGUCGUCCUUGCCGCGACGAUACUCUUCCACACGCCGCUCUGCAGAAUCUCGCUGCAUUAAGACGCACACACACACACACACACACGUAGGUGGGUUGCCUCAGGGGCUGGGGCGUGGUGUGUUUUAAUGCCUGCCUGUUCGAUGAGCAGUUUGGUCUCCCUGUCGUGGAUGCUGUCCCACUGGCGGCGGACCUCCUCGAGAUGGGCGUCGGCAGACGCACGCGCCUUGGAUAUCUCACACUCUACCUGACAGACACGUGAGGCAUGUCGGCAUGACACAGAGGGAGUCUCUGUCUGUCUGUCUGUCUGUCUGUCUGUGCAUUCUGUGCGCUGGUGGCUCACCCGCUCCCUCAUCUCCUGUGCGUGCGAUGUCUUGAGAGUGUCCAGCUUAAACACCAGCUCCUGCUCCCGGCCGCGGAGCUGAUUGGAUUGAUGCACAGCACAGACACAAACGAUAUAUGAGUCUGUUGAGUCUGAGUGGCGCGUGUGGUGGGGUGUGCGGUGUGUGGAGUCCAUGCCUGCUGCAGCUGGUCCUCGGCCACCUCUAGCUGGUCCUUCUUGCGGCUCACGGCAUCCUCCAACGAGGUCACCUGCCCCCACCCAGAUACACACACACACAUCUAUCCACCCACCGAUCCAGCCGUGCUGCGUCUGUCCUUUUGCACCUGCGCGGUGAGGUGUAUUUUGUCCGUCUUGAGUGAGUGGUUCUGCGCCUCCAAGUUGGCUGCCCGCCCCACAUAGAGCUCCUUCUCGCGAGAGAGGGCCUCCAUCGCAGCAGCCUGCCGACGCAACCCCCCAUCCAUCCAUCCAUCCAUCCAUUUAUCGCACACGGAGACUACACACAUAUAUAUAAGUCAGAUGGCUUGCUUACCUGUUUAGUGACGGUUUGCCUGAGGUCGGUGGCCUCGGCCUCCAGCUGCACGAGGCGGCGCUGGUUGUCGUCGUAGCGCAGCAUCUUGUCGCGGGUCUCCUCGAGGGCCUCCUUCUUAUGCCGGCACUCGUCAGCCAACGCCGCACAACGAUGCCUGCACCCAUGGCAUGCAUCAACAGCCAGGUCGGUCAGAAACGCGACGCCGUACACAGGUCUGUCUGUCUGUCUCUUUGUGGGUUACUGACGAUAGCUCUUCGAUCUGCCGGGAGCUGUCCUCCUUCACACCCUCCAGGGACACCUGCACACCACCAGCCGGGUAUGCACUUACUACGUCUCAACUCAACUCAGCCGCCUAGCGGACGCCCCCAGAAGCGUAGGUACCUGUGCGUGUGUGAGCUGCCGCUUGCACUGGUCGAGUCGGUCCUGUGCGAGUGCGGUGUUCUCGCGUAGCAUCUCGAGCUCCCUGCUCUGGCUGGCCACCCGCUCCUUGUACCCCCGCACCGUCUCGUACACUCGAACCAGCACCCACUCACGCAGUGACAGCUCAUCCUCACCGCGACCCCGCAACUCGAAGUACAGGUCCUCCGACAGACUCAGGUCGCGCAGCUGGUCCCGCAACACAGAGAGGUCCGCUGCCGCCUGGGAAAAAGACAGAGAUGGGGAUGGAUGAGGUGGGUAUGGGUAUGUAUGUGUCUGUGUGUGUGUGCUAACCCGUAUGAAGGGCCCCAUGCGCCUCUCCUGCUCUGUCUUGAGCUGAGAGUGUGGGAGGAGGGAGGGCGCACGGGAGGUAAAACACAUGUGGCAUCAUAUCUAUCCGUGUGUGGUGCAUUGCAUUGCUGUUGUGCAGUUUUGUGGGUGGUGCCACUCACUCACACACCUUUGUGACUUCCUCUGCAUUGAGGUCCAUCUGGUUCUUCAACGUACGCUCGAACCUGCAGCCAUCGACACAGAUUGUACCUUCCGCUGGCCGACUGACUGACUGCACGUACGCCGCGUUUUGUGUGGCGAGUUUGAGCCUGAGGUCCAGGACUUCACGCUGCAGCGACGAGAGGUCCGACGAGGGGGGAGGCAACACCGGCUGCAUGGCAUGCACGACGAGACAGACAACCGGACACACAGAAGACGGACAUGUGCAUGCGAGGGGGCGGGCGGAAUGUGUCGAGCUUCCUUACCGCUGUGGACUGUUUGGGCGGCAGCAGCAUCUGCGGAGCCGGCAGAUUACCACUGACCACAGACACCCGGGGAGGGAGGGAGGGAGGGAGGGAGUGUGAAGUGCGUCGAUUGUUCCUUCCGCUACCCUGUGUGUGUACCUGUGCAGGUCAAUCGGUAUGGGCGGGAUGGGGUGCGUGAAGGGCGGGCCGCCAGGCGCAUCACGCGGACCACCGGGACCCAGCAAAUGAUCUGCUGACACACACACAACACAAAAGACAAGACAAGACAAGACACAACACAACACAACACAACACACACAUGUACAGGGCAUGGCAUGCACAUUCAUCAGUCAGCUGGGGCCAGUGCAGUGCGGUGACGAAGCGCAAGAGCUGUGCGUUGUGUACCGAUAUUGAAUGAGUCUGACUCAGAAAUGGGCGACUGGUCCGUCACAGAGCCCUGCAGUGAGUGCAUGACAUGACCAAAGUCCGAGUCCGUGUGUAUGUUGUGUUGUGUGUACGACGGACGAUAUGCAAUAAUACAUGUGCUGGCUGACUCACAUGUUCAGAGUGCUGCCGCCUGCCGACGUGUGCCGCGGCAUCGUCCUCCUCGUCAAGCCCCUCGUUCUGACCCAAAUCCACAGAACUCUCGGACCCCUGAAUAGAAUGAGCAGAGGCAUGCAAUUCACAAGUGAACAAACAGCAAGGCAAACACCAACACACAAACAACCGAAUGAGUAGACAAGGUGCAUGCACACGCGGUGCAUCGUCCCGUGCGGUGGUAAGGUAGGUAGAUGGAUGGAUGGUGGAGGCCCAGGCCUCUGCUGGUGUCCCUCUUACCGCGAGUGUGUCCAUUCCCGCGACUUUCGGGCUCUUCCGGAUGUCGGGCCGCAGAGGUCGGCUAUAGUCUAAUUGGUUUUCUCCCAAUACAAAAACGGGGAGAGCCGAGCCGGCGCGAGCUUUGCGAGGGAGGCAAAGCGCAUCAAAUUCACAGAUGACAAACACACAUACUCACUCUCUACUCUAUGUACCUCAGGUUGCCCCUCGUCGCUCCAUUUGCCGCACGCGGAGUGUUCGUUCGUUCCCGGAAUGCGAAGUGGAGUGUUCCGAGACCGGCUGGAUAGAGAGGAGAGCUGUCUUGUGCGUCUUCGCAUUCAUUCUGUCUUGCAUCAG